AUGGAAACAUGUUCGCGAGCUGCUUUUAUGGCCAUUUUACUUUUUUUACAGCUAGAAAUUUGCAUAAACAAAGUGCAACGCUAUAACACCAAUAUAGAUUUUUUACUACAUGAAGCUGGUGGGACCGUAACACCCCCUAAGAAGGGUUAUGAAGAAGAAUUCCCCUCGUUAAAACCGUCAUCCACAACAUUGCAACGACCAAAAACGACAACAAGUUUAAAUGGUCAUCCGGGAACCACUCCAAAACCGCAGUCACCGAAGAGGGAUUACGUGGCACCGCAAUAUCCGACGCCUAAACCCAUUCAAAAUCCCGACGUGCUAAAAACAACCCUGCCCCAGAAUAAUAUUACCCCCUCCCCCAACAAUAACGGAAAAGCUGCACCUAAGCCCCCGUCAUCGCCGAAAAGGGACUAUGUCGCACCGCAGUUGCCAACUCUAAAACCGAUGCCGGACAAUAGUAACAAGCCUAACAAUGGCAAUGUUAAAGACCUGAUAAACUUCUACGAUAACAUUAACAAAGACAACAAUAAUAAAAAACCAAGUUACAGUUCGGCGUUGGCGGGAUCAACAUCGGGAACGCCUAGCACAGCGCGUAUUACGGUCCCGACGCAAAAACCCACACAGCCCACUCCCAAGCCUCCAAGUUUCAGCUCCGUCGUAAUUGGUACAACUAAACAGCAUACAACUAAUCCCACACCGGCUUCACCUGUUCCGAAACCAAGUUCACCAAACAGUGGGAAAAAUAAGCAACCGACAAGUAGUCCCGUUUUGCCUAGUUCUAUUGUUAACAAUAAGAAUACAAAUCAAGGCGGCUCAAAACUCGCUAGCGAUACCGAAUUGCAAACAAUCAGUGAAGAACUUUUGAGGAAGGAUAGCAAUAACGCGGCGAAAUACGUAACAAUCAACUAUCAGGAUAAGACAACGUCUCAGUCAAAAGAAGAUAAAGCGCCACAGCCAUUGCUGACUAUAGCAUCAGACGCUUGGAAUAUUCCAACUGUGCAAAAGUUUUUGCCGCUCCUAGACAACUACGAGAGAGAUACAUUAGUAAACGAAUAUGUGACGUCACAGGAGAGAACUGAAGAAAAUGCUUUUAUGGAUGCUAUUAUGUCCACGACUGUUAUUCGCCAUUUGAUGAACUUCCUUAAAGAAAAAGGUUAUGUUACACCGGACCCGAAACAGCAGAGAGAUUUCUUAAAGCAAUUAUGGUUUGGAUUGUACUCCCGGGGAAAAGGCAAAAUUAGCAGCUCCGGUUUCGAACACGUGUUCGUUUCGGAGCUUAAGAAUGGGGAAGUGUCAGGAUUGCACAAUUGGAUAUACUUUUCGAAGGAAGAAUCGGCCAACAGAGUUAAUUACUUAGGAUAUUUGAAAUACGUCCAGUUAAACGACAAAGGGGUCGUUGUCAAACUACACUUUAACCAACAAGGGGUGGACAAACCAGUGGACAGUAUGUUUAUUGGCACAUCACCAGAAUUGGAAAUAGCACUUUACACGCUUUGUUUUGUUACACGUGUUGGAGAGGAUUGCCCUUUAAAGCUCGGAAACAAAGAUGUCAACAUCAUUACCCACAACUUUAGAUACCGGAGCAAAAACUAUAUUGGCAGUGCAUUUCCUCAAAUC